AUGACUGUAUAUGAAGAAACACAUUUCAGAUCUUUCCUGGAGUUGAAACUCUCUGAGGAAGAGGUCCACAAGUGGUUGAAAGACUUCCAGAGAACAUCAGAUUUGACUUGGAGAAAAAGGGUACUUCUGGCUGAAGUGGACAACAACACAUGUUGUGGUGCAAUAAUGUACUUCAUCCCGAAGAGGUUGAUUCAUUCGCAACGAAGAGAAUCAAGACAAGUCAAAACAAAGUUAUUAAAUCUCCAUAUGAAAGGAGGUUGCCUCUUUCAUGGGCGUUUACGGAAUGGCGACAACCACAGUCUGACAAGUGCUGAGGUGCUGAAGAGGAGAAAUGUGUCAGCGGACACCAUUGAGAAAUUGACAAAGCUGUUUGAAAUAGUCCACUCUCUUUCAUCAGCUCUAAACAUGAUCAAAUAGGAGUUGCAAGUGGAGUAUGGAGACAACCAUGUGCAUGCCUCUGUGGACUCCUCCAUUUGCCAGCUUCAAUUCUGCUACAAAUUAUACCACAAGCUUUUCAAAGAAGCAUGGGUUGCAAUCGUAUGUAGAGAACAAGAUUGAUGAUUCUCAUGAGAAUCUGGAUAACUGCAAUGAAGAAGAAUGUUCACCAGAAUGUUAUGUUUUCGACUGUGGCAACGUGUCUGAGGACACUGUUGUAAUCGAGUGUGCUCCCGUUUCUGAUGUAAACGGCUCAGGUACAUCUGGAAAACCAGCUGAGGGGGCGACGUUAGAGGAAGACUGGAUGGAGAUCUUUGAAGACCUCAAAAAGAAGAUGAGGGAGGAUCUUGUGUGUUUCAGGCCUAAAGUAGCAUCCUUUGUUUCCAGCUUCAAGAAGAUUAAAACAGACAGUGAACUCAUAGCCGCUCUAUCAAACUUUGGCAAAACCAACCCUGGACCAACAGCAAAGUUUCGCCAGGGACACGCACGCCCCGCAAAGAGCUCCAUAGGAGAGUGUGGACAUGGCACAUGCUGCUGGAAGAGGAAGGCACCCAAUUGAAUGUCUGUGUGUGGAAUAGCACAUGGACAUUGGGAGUACUACACAAAAUAAGCAAGUCAACAUCAGUGGCCCCAUGUGCCCAUCAUCCAACUGCUCACCAUCUGUGACCUUCAGUGCACUAGCGCUCUGCCCUCAAACACCCCCCAUCUGCCUACCACCUUUAUGUCAACUCCGCCUUGUACAAAACCAGUGGCUAUUUCAAUGCAUUGUGGCCUCUACAACACUAGAAUCAGUGGCUAUUUCAGUAUUGCAUUCUUGCCUUUUGGUUUUACGUUCAUUCAAUGCAAGACGUUUCUGCAAUUUCAUAUGUUUUGGAAAUUGAUUCCAUGUUUAUGGACCAUCAGACUUUAAAAAGCUGUUCUUCCAACCCAGUUGUAGAUCUACAGGCCUAUACUAUCACUGAACCAAAACAGUAGUUGUCAUGACUUUGCCGAGUCUUAAAUAUAAAAUGCUUAUUUAUAUUUUUUUAUAUACUGGUGUACGCUACCAUUAAAAAGUUUGGGGUCAUUUAGAAAUGUCCUUGUUUUUGAAAGAAAAGCCCCAUU